CAUGGUGCAUGGUCUCACAUUUUUCGGAUUCAAAUUAUAACACAAUAAAACCACAAUAUUUUCAGGUGUCGACUUCCUAGAAAUGAAAAUUUGAGAUGCAUUUGGAUCAGGCGGGCGGGAUGUGAGGAUUUAGUGGCAAAAUUGAAAUUUCGCAGUGUAUUUAUGUGCUCUAGACAUUUCCACGAUGUGUGUUUCAAGGCAAACGGUAGAUUAUUACUAAAUUGUCUUCCAACAAAAUACCUCCCAGGUAUGUUUAAAUAAGACUAGCCUAUGUCUUGUUUUAAAGAUUACUACAUAAAUUAUUCACCUUACAUACUACAUAUAUUUCGAAGGUUUCCAAGGUGCACCUUCCAUAGAGAAUAGCUUCUAUCGAGAGAGUAUACCAUCUGCUAGGGGAUGUGUAACUCUCGAGAAAAAAUUAAGCCAGCCGAGGUAUAUCCUGGCAAAAGAUGCUUGGUGCAACCAAUAGCCGAACUGGGCGAUAUUCCUGGACCAUCGCAUGAAUAUGUUCAUGUCACAUCAAAUAUCGCCACAGUUCCGGGCUCCAAAGACACUCUUUCCAGGGAGAGCAGCUCAAAUAACUCAGCUCGAAUGGCACCUGAAUUAUGUACACCGAAAAAAUUUAAAGGUGUAAGGAUACUGAAUUUGAAAGCAGUGGGAAUUACACAGCAGAAGCAUUUGUCGCCUCGCAACAAAAUUUUGUAUGAGGGCGUAAACAAAUUGAACAAAUUGGUACAUCGCCAAGAGGUGAGAAAUAAAAAGAUAAAAGCUGACCUUAAAAAUUCGCAGUCCGCCCUUUUGCAAAAUUUUAAAAAUGUGAAUGAGUACACAAGAAACUUUAUUUUGUCCCAAAAUAAAAAUCAAAAGUUGAAACUGCGCGGUAGAAGGUUUUCACUUGAGGUAAAAUUUUUGUUUUGUCAAUAUUCCAGCAAAGCGGGUUACCGAUUCUUGUCUACAAUUUUUACCUUCUCGUAAAACGCUUGUAAAGGUUCUACAACAUACACUUUUUCAUACUGGAAUUAAUAACCAUAUGUCCCAGCAUUUAAAGGUACAAGUGAGUACGUAACAUGUAUCUAUAUUGGUAAUUGUACUAAAUUAAUGAAGUUGUGAUACAUACUGAAUUUUUGAUACAUAACAUGAUUUUGCUUGAGCAAAUGUUUCUGGUUUCUAUAAGAAACACCUUUCAUAAAUUAAUGGUACUUGGCGUUUCGCCUAUUUAUUUACUGCAAUAAAAAUUUGUAAAUGCU